UCAGUUCUUGAACAGUCCCUUGGCCAUUCUCUUCUCCAGCUCGACGUUCCGCCCGGUGCUGCGGCCGGUGCUGCGGGUGGACGCGGCAAAGGCCACCACGCCGCCCCCCUGGGCCUUGGACAGAACAAACGCCACACACUUGAUGGCCUGAUCGAUCACAUCACACACACACACACAACUCAUGGAUGGAUGGGCGACACAGUCCAUCGUGUGCUGUCCCCUCUCACCUUCUCUUUGCUGUCGCGUGAGAGGGCGAUCGUCUCGUCGCCCGCCAGCAGGGCCUUCAGGCGCUGAAACGAACUCAGCUGCGGCAGGUCACGUCAACAAGAAACAGAUCACAGCGAGAAUGGGGGAUGGUGCGGCCGGUACCUGUACGAUGCGGUUGGCGACGGUGUUAGCGGUCGUCUGCGUCGUGAGCUUCUGCUCUUCGCCAUACCUGCCAGAACACAGACAGACAGACAAAGAGGGGUGUCUGUCUUCGCCGAUGUUCCUCGGCCGUGGGGUUACUCACUUGGCGAGCAGUGUAAGUAUAUCGGCGAUGCACUCGGUGACGCCGGGUUCGCCUUUGACAUGCACCUUGCCCACAGCCAUGUCCAGCAGCAGCUGGCACAUGACACCAGGCAGCUCCUCAUAACUCGACACCUGUGUCCCACACACACACACACACACACGCAGAGAGACAAUCACACACACACACACGCAUUUGUGUGUCCGUUGUGUGCAUUGCAUGGUCGAACUUCACCCGUUUGUCGUUUUCGAGCAGCUGAUUGAGGAGCCCGACGCUGGGGCGGAUGAGCGAGCCCUGGGUGAAGAAGCUCGGGUACCUGCUGCAGUGUGCCACACAGAACCGACAGACACACACACUUGGCCUGAUCGACGUGUGUUGCCUGUGUGUGUGUGUGUAUCUGUGUGUAUGUGUAUGUGUGUGUUCCCUCACAAGAGUAGCCGCUCUCUCUCCACGCGGGUGCCGACGCCCUCCUCGUCACGCAGCAGCUUCAACACCACCGGCACAAAGCCGGCAUCGAUGAUCUCGCCGAUGUAGUGUCCUCGGCCUGAGCGGCCACACACUUCCAGAACAUCCUGUGAGGCUGUGUUAGUCACGUGUGUGCGUGCGUUGAUAUACCUGCGGAGUUGCGAAGUAGGCUGCUGACGACAACGGUGACGUCGAGGUAGCCGAAGCCGAUGCUCUGCGGCCGCAAGGCGGAGGCGAUGGCCUUGAGUGUGGCGCCGUCGGCCAUCACAUGCCCGUACAACACAUCCAGUACUGCACACACGCAGCCACACACGACAGGUACAUCCAGACAGCUGUGGAGGUGCGUGUGCAUCGAUCUCUCUCUCUCUCCCGGGAUCCCUCACUUUUGGGCACUCUGUCAGGGAACAUGUCGUCGUAGCUCCAGUCGAGCAUGUAGAAAACCGUGCCCAGCAGGAGCCCAGCCGCGUACUUUGUGAACGUGUCGGCCGCGGGGUGAUUGGCCGCCUUGACGAGGCGCUCGGCGUGAGGGACCAUGUGCGUCUCCACCGCAUCAAUCGAUGGACAGUGAGUCAGGCUCGGCUCGGCGCUGCGCGCCUCGCCUUCGCAAUCAAAAGGGGUCACUGGAGGAAUCUCUGUCUGUCUUGAAUCGUAAUGGAGAGAGAAGGUCGGGCGAAUGACCUUGACCGAGACCAUCAACACACAGCACAGCACAGCAUUGUGCGUGGGGCCAUGCAUGUGUGUGCAUAUUCGCGGCUCGCUUACUGUCCCAGGCGGUGUUGGAGAGGAGCUGGUUGACCAUCUGGUUGAUGCCCUUGCACCUCUGGUCGGCAGGACCCUCCCCAUCGAGUGCCAGGUCGAUAGUGUCGCCGAGCAGCCGCAUCUACACAUCUGGGGCCAGGUACGAAGAGAACAUGUUGUCAGACGAGUAAUAGUCGCACAGAAACGACACCGCGGCCUCGGCCAGACCGUCAGCCGUAGACUUCAUGGCAGCCUUGGCACGGGCGAUCAUGUCUGGAUGGCCGGUCAGCAGCACGUCGCGAUAGUGCUUUGUGUUGCCCUUGCGGAACCCACCGGGCCCAAAGCUGCCGUUGGUGCGGUUUCCAAACCGGAUGGCUGCACUCAGGAGGCUGAAGACCGCUGUGCUGAGAUGGCAAUCCUCGCUGCUGAUCUGCUCAAGAGAAGCGAACAGCUGCUUGGCCUCGGCCGGCCUCCACGCAAAGGCGAAGCCCAGCUGCACGAGAGAGGUGAGGGCAGAUGCGGCGAGGUGGUGGAUCUCCAUUUGCUGUGUCGGGUCGGCCAGCAACUCAACGAGCCGGUCACGAAGGGCCAUACGAUGCAUGCCAUCCUUGCCUUCGAGUUCCUUGACGGCCUCACGCGUGGCAGGAUAGCCAGCCCCGUCAUCAGCGGCCGCGAGGGACUUGAGCAGCAUAGCGAGGCGCUUGAGGUGCGGGGCAGCCGCUUGAGGUGCCUCGGCAGUGACAAAGGCACGUACCGCCUCCACCAGAUCGGGACGCCGCGAAGUCAU